AUCAGACAAGAGAAGGCUUCCUGUUCUUGGUGGCGUAGCUGAAACUAAACUUCCUGCCACCAAGAGCUAAGGUGAAGGCAGGCUCUCAGUUUGCUAUGUGACAUCACUCCUACUUGCUUCACUUGAAACCAGAAGCAAGGUUUAGGGUUUGGCGAACAAGUCCAGGAAGCUGCGCCUUCUGAUUAGACAGAUAAUGCGAAUGUAGUUAGAAAAAAGGCAGCUAUUAGGGGGAUUAUAUUAGAAAUAGAGGUUAGGUUUGGUGUCCGAUCUAUUCGUGGUCCUUUCUUGGACUCGACCUGACUUGAAUCGUGUGUUCCCACACACGCCCUUACUCCCCGGACAUGGCGGGUCUCUGUGGCCUGAAGAUCUUGCUGGUCUGGAUCCUGAUGGUUGGUCUGGCUCACUGUGACAACGGUUCAACCAUCUUACCUACACUCAGUGGCACAGGUUCUACGGAACAUGUUGCCAUCCAACCUGCAAGCACCUCAGCAGUUUUAUCUGCUAGGACCUCAGAAACUCCUUCUUCUGUCACUCCUACACUCACCUCUCCAUCCACCACCUUAACUUCAACAAUUCAGUCAAACUCUUCAACCAACAUGUCUGCCAUUACCUCACCUGCAAGCAUCUCAAACCAAUCAACCACACCCCAUCAAGCAAACAAUCAAUCAUCUCCUCAGACAGCCACCCUACCUCCAAGCACUGAACAAAACACAACCAUGGCUGCCACCACAGCUGAAGACAGCAAAGAACUAAAGUGUAAGUAUGAGGUUACGAAUGUGUGUUCUUACAGGGUUGAAGCGAUCCAGUUUGGUUUCCUGAUAAAUAUGACAGAUUUUACUGAGGGCCUCUAUACCAUAGCUGAGAAGGAAGUAAAACUGCUUUGUGUUUCAGAACCAACAGACAUUAAAAACGUCUCCUGCCCUGCUGGAUAUCCCAACCACUUCUGUUACCAGAGUGGUUGGAACAUCAGCUCUUUAUCAUCAAAAUACGUCAAGGCUUCACCUCCAGAGUUCAACAGUGGAUCAUAUAAUUUCAAACCUGCUUAUGAAGAUAUCUGCUCAAAUUUUGUUUUAGAGUAUCCUACACAAAACUGCAGAAACUACCAAUCUACCGCCCCUCAAUAUGUUCCUGUUGAUUUCAUUGAUCCAAAGGACAUAAAUCAGACUAAACCCACUGAACUUCCUGCAAAGAUCGAACCAAAGUUACCUUCAAGCUGUAAUAAUCUCACUGUUGAGUACAAAUGUUCAGGAAACGACAAUAAAACAGUUGAACCAUCUGAUAUGAAGCCGUUCACUGAUUACGUCUGUACUGGAGACAUCAAGAACAACAGUGUCUACAUAAAUAAGACAACUCUACCUGUACACUUUAACAUUACCUGUGGUUUUACAAUAAAAGACUUAAAGACCAUUAAAAAAUCCAACACUUCCAUUAACCUGAGCUGGAACACAACGAGUAAUAAAUGUCAAGAUGUUCUUCACAACCUGGAUGAGCUCUCUUACAGCUGUGAUUGUCAGAACAGCAAAUAUCCUGGAAAUAAAAUAACAAAGGAAAAACAACCUGAUGGAGGAACGUGUGACAUUGGAGGACUUGAACCAUUCGAGGUUUACAUUUGUAAGGUCCGUCCCAUUUACAACAAAGCAGGGCCCUUAAAUGAAGAAGAAGUUACAAUAAAGACUGAGCCUGGAAUACCUGAUAAACCUGAAGUACUGAAAAUUGAAUAUCCAGAGAACAAUAAGAUCUUGGUAAAAUUUUCAGCUAAGAAAUUUAGAGGACCAGAAACAAAAUACAUUGCAAUACUUGUUGGCAACCCUGACAUCAAAAAGACUCAAGGAAACCCUGAAUUUGAAUUCGAAGAUCUGAAAUACUUAACAUCCUACACAAUAAAGGUUCAAACUUCCAAUGGAAAGCUUGAGAGCCAGGCUGUGGAAAUAAAAGCUAAAACUCUCUAUAAUGACAAAGCUCUUAUUGGAUUCCUGGUCUUUCUCAUCAUCAUCACCUCUGUGGCUCUCCUUCUUGUCCUCUAUAAGAUCUACGUUCUUAAACGCAGAAAGUCCCAUGAUCUGACUGAAAGGUUGGAGCUAAUUACCAAAGGUAAUGAUGAAGAAAGUCUGAUGCCUGUGGAGCCGAUUGCAGCGGAGCUGUUGCUGGAAACCUAUAAAAGGAAACUGGCCGAUGAAGGAAGGCUUUUCCUGGGUGAAUUUCAGAGUAUUCCCAGAAUCUUCUCAAGAUACACAGUGAAAGAAGCGAAGAAGGCCUGUAAUACCCCUAAAAACCGCUACGUAGACAUCCUUCCAUAUGAUUACAACCGCGUCCAACUGGCCACAGGGAAUGGAGAAGCAGGAUGUGACUAUAUUAAUGCCAGCUUUAUUGAUGGGUUCAAGGAACCCAAAAAAUAUAUUGCAGCUCAAGGACCGAAAGAUGAAACUGUGAGCGAUUUCUGGAGGAUGGUCUGGGAGCAGCAGUCCUCCAUUAUUGUCAUGGUGACUCGCUGUGAAGAAGGGAGCCGGAUCAAAUGUGCCCAGUACUGGCCUUCGCCUGAUCGAGAGACUGAGAUCUACGAGGAGUUCAUUGUGAAGCUAUCCUCAGAGGACAUCUGCCCAGAUUACACCAUCCGCCAUCUGACCCUGACUAAUAAGAGAGAGAAGAACUCUGAGAGAGAAGUGACUCACAUUCAAUUCAUGAGCUGGCCUGACCACGGCGUCCCAGGAGAGCCACACCUCCUGCUGAAACUGAGGCGGCGUGUCAAUGCUUUCAAGAAUUUCUUCAGCGGCCCCAUCGUUGUUCACUGCAGUGCUGGAGUCGGCAGAACCGGAACUUAUAUCGGCAUCGAUGCCAUGAUGGAGGGUCUGGAGGCGGAGGGCAGAGUGGACAUUUACGGAUAUGUUGUCAAGCUCCGAAGACAGAGAUGCCUCAUGGUUCAAGUGGAGGCCCAGUACAUCCUGAUCCAUCAGGCCCUGCUGGAGCACAACCAGUUCGGAGAGACAGAGAUCACUCUGUCAGAGCUGCACAGCACACUGAGCACGCUCAAACAGAAAACCUCCGACAGUGAGCCCACCCUAAUGGAAGAAGAGUUUGAGCGACUCCCCUCCUUUAAAAACUGGAGGACCUUUAACACAGGGAUCACAGAAGAAAACAAGAAGAAGAACCGCACUUCGUCUAUUAUCCCAUAUGAUUUCAACCGAGUGUUAGUGAAGGUGGAGGAAGACGUCAGUCAGGACAGCGAAGCUGAUGAUGAAGAGGAGGAUGAAUCAUCAGAUGAAGACGAUGAAGAUUCCACUAAAUACAUCAAUGCCUCCCACAUUAAUGGCUACUGGGGACCACGUUCGCUAAUCACAGCUCAGGAUCCAUUGCCAGACACCUUUGCUGACUUUUGGUCAAUGGUUUGCCAGAAGAAAUUAUCUACUAUAGUCAUGCUUUCAGAGCACAAAGAGGACGACGAAGCAAUUUACUGGAGUAAAGAAAAGAAGACAUUCGGAGACUAUGAGGUAGAAGUUUCAAAUACAGAAAUGACUCCGACUUUCAUCACCCGCAACAUGCUGGUCCGAUAUGUCAAGCGAAAAGAGAGUCGGCUGGUGAAACACUUCCAGUUCCUAAAAUGGGAGGGCACAGAUCUGCCAGAGAAACCUCAGGAACUCAUAGACAUGAUUAAGGAGGUUAAACGCAGCUGUGUGGGCAGCAAAAAACAGAGGAUGCCGAUCGUCGUCCACUGCAAUGACGGAUCGACCCGUUCAGGAAUUUUCUGUGCCCUGUGGAACCUGCUGGACAGUGCAGAGACUGAGAACCUGGUUGAUGUUUUCCAAGUGGUCAAAACUCUACGCAAGGAGAGGAAGGGGAUGAUCCUCAGCUCGGAGCAGUAUCAGUUCCUCUACAAAGCCCUAGAGGGCGCCUUCCCAGUCCAGAACGGAGAAGUGAAAGCAGUAAAGGCUGCAGCCACCGACAGCGUUCAGAUUGUCAAUGAAACCAAAGAAGCAGCAGCAGAAAAGCAACCAGCUGAGACGGUUGAGGAGCCAGCCAGCACUACCAGCAGCGACCGACAGGCGGAGACAGAGACCACUCCUCUGGUGGCUGACAGCGAGAAACCAAAGGAGGAAGAAGAGCCUGCCAUAGAGAGCAGCUCCCCCACAGACACCAAACCACAGGAGGAAACCAGCAACGGCCCCACUGUCACAGUGGAUGCCUGAGAUGACAGGGCCUUCAACCCUGAGUCCUUAAUGCUUCAGUUUAUUGAUUUAUAAAAGUUACAUUAUGAAUGUAUAAACAUUGUAAAGAUUUAACUCAGUAUGAGUCUAGGUGGAAACGGAAAAGAAUUUAAAUAAAACAUUAGUGUUAUAACUUCAUAUUUUGGAUUUCUGUAAUUUAUAUACAUUCUGAAUAAAAGAUUAUUUUCCCUUCUGGCAAAUUACUAGAACUGCUGUUGUCAAACUAUAUAACAUAAUUAUAAUUUAAUGUAAAAUUGAAACCAACAGUUGAAGUUUAAAUACACAGUAGAUGAGUCUUAUUGUUUCAUACUCUAAGUUUAAAAAGAGUUAAAUUUAGCAUGUAUUUUUAGUUUCUUGCUAUUGCUGUUCUCACACACUCUGCAGUCUAUAUUCACAUAUUGUGUAUCUGAUAAUAAUUUAGCUGUUAACUUUAACAUUCAUUAUGUACUGCUGUAUUUUUUUUCAUGAAACAAAAUUGAAAUAUAUUGUAUUUAUACAAACCUGCUUAUUGUUAAAGUAUAAAUUAACUCCCAAAAGAUAUUUUUCAUGAAAAUUAAAAAAGAAAUGUUUAACUAUUUUGGAUUUCUAUGCUAUACUCAAAAACGGUUUAAUAUGUCCCUGCCAGCAGUAAUAAACAGUAUUGUAUUAAAGUUC